GCUCAUUCUGCAUUGGAACGUGGAGGGCUGCACCGUGCACAUGGCGCUCGAGGCGACGCAAGACAGCUACGCGGGGUCGGGCUGGCUCGGUAUAGGCUGGUCCGAUAACGGCGAGAUGGCCCCCGCUGACGCCGUGAUUGGUAACACCCCGGGUGUAGCUGCGUACGAAAUGACUGGUUACCGGCGAACGCAGGUGUUUCCCACGAUGAACUUUUCGCUCGGGUUCGACAAGACUGUUGAGGCGGCGCCGGAUUGCUCUACCAUCGUCAAGUUUUCUCGGGAGAACGGCACUGGGUCGCAGUCGAUAUUCCACAUCGAGGGGAAGAGCUGGGUGGUGUGGGCGCACUCGCGCAACGCCAUGACCACACUCUCAUACCACGGCGCUGCCAUGGGCAUUGCGAUUGUGGACUACUCGUGCCACUACCCUCCACAGAUCAUCCGCGCGCCGCAGAGCAGAACGCCCAGGCCUUGCAGCAUCAACUGUAAAGACGACGACGAUGAUGACGAUGACGAUGACGAUGACGAUGACGAUGAUGAUGAUCAUAGUAGCGGAGGAUGUGGGUUCCUGUUCCACUGGCGCGAGCCGGGCGAGGCGGGAAUAGCGAUGAUGGCGGUGGAGGCGCGAGCUGGCUUUGGCGUAGCCAAGGGCUGGUUCGGCGUGGGAUGGUCGCGCGACGGGGAGAUGUUUCCCGCGGACGCGAUCGUGGGUAAUUUACCCGACGCAGAUGUGCGCAUGUACAGUAUCCGCGGAGAGGACCCGGCGCUCGUGGCGCCCAACGCGUCGAUCGCGCUGGGGUCGAAUGCGCGGAUGGUCGUGCGGGACGACGGCACGAAGAUUAUAAGGUUUGCGCGGCGCGGGACCGACGGGCUGGCGCCGGUGAAUAUGAAUGGGCGCAACACGAUGUUCUGGGCGUACUCCGCGGAUGGCGGGACCGAGCUGGCUUUCAAAGGGGAUAACGUCGGAAUGGCAACAGCGGACAUGUCCUGCAGGCGCGCGAAGGCGGAAGACCCGGCUGGCGGAGCUGUGCCCGCGCCAACCCCCAAGGCCUCCCCAGUUCCCCCCGAGGCUUCCCCAGUCCUCCCCGUGGCUCCGCUUCCGCUUCCGCCCAAGCUGUCCCCUGGCGCGGGAAUGGACGGAAGUGUCAAGAAAGAGUCGUCUACGGGGGGGUUGCCUGCGGCUGGCACUCCUAAACCCACUAUUCCCGCGGCCGGCACUCCUGCGGUCGGCACUCCCGCGGUCGGCACUCCCGCGAUCGGCACUCCCGCGGUCGGCACUCCCCCGGUCGGCGCUCCCGGGGCUGGCACUCCCGGGGUCGGGACUACCGUGGGCGGUGCUCCCGGGGUCGGCACUCCCGGGGUCGGCACUCCCGGGGUCGGCACUCCCGGGGUCGGCACUCCCGGGGUCAGCACUCCCGGGGUCGGCACUCCCGGGGUCGGCACUCCCGGGGUCGGCACUCCCGGGGUCGGCACUCCCGGGGUCGGCACUCCUGGGGUCGGCACUCCUGGGGUCGGCACUCCCGGGGUCGGCACUCCUGGGGUCGGCACUCCCGGGGGCGGUGCUCCUGGUGGCGGCACUUCCGAGGGCCGCAAACCCCAGGCCUCCUCCUUUGAAACCCCCCGACAACGGCCGGAACGGUGCAGGUGGGUGUGGAGGCAGUUACUCACUCUUCCCUCUCCCCUUCGUCCUUCCCCCGCACCCUCCUUCCGCCCAGCCUCCUCCUGCACUGGAACCCCCCCAAGGCGUCCGGAAAGCCUCCUCCUGCACUGGAACCCCCCCAAGCCGUCCGGAAAGGUGCAAAUGGCUGUGGAGGCGUGGCCAGGUCCGGCAAGCGCGGGGUGGUUCGCCGUGGGGUGGUCCGCAACGGGCGGAAUGGCGCAGGCGGACGCGGUCGUGGGGAACCUGCUGGGCGGAAUGGUGCGCGGAUACGCGCUCACGGGGCACUCCCCCGACGCGGUGGUGGGGAGCCGCGUGAUGAAGCUGGGGCAGAACAAGGCGCUGAGUGCCACCGCUGAGGGCAGCACGUUGAUGGAAUUCACCCGGAAUGCCACGGAUGGCACGGUGCCGUUGAACCUGACGGGCAAGAACAGGAUCAUCUGGGCCUUCUCAAGCGACGGCGCCCACAAGCUGGGCUACCACGGGUCACACAAGGGCACGGCCAUCAUGGACCUCUCGUGCGGCAGCGACCCUGUCGCCCCGCCCUCAGCUGCUGCUCCGGCCGAACCUCCCGUGCCACCUGUUACCAAGCCAGUUCCCAAGCCAGUCACCAAGCCGAUUAUCAAGCCUCCCGUCACCAAGCCUGUUACCAAGCCGAUCAUCAAGCCACCUGUUGCCAAGCCUGUUAUCAAGCCUCCUGUUGCCAAACCUCCCCUCCCCAAAACUAACGUCACCAAACCACCAGUUACCAAGCCUGUCAUCAAGCCCCCUGUUGCAAAGCCAGUCACCAAACCUCCCGUGACCAAGCCUGUUACCAAGCCUCCAGUUACCAAGCCGCCGGUGGUCCCCGCCCCAGAAGGUUCGGCAGGAGGUUCGGCCUGCCAAGCAUCUUCCCUUCCUGGAUACUCAUUCGUGGCACCUUUGGUGCGGAACAAGUUGGCGCUGCAUUGGGCGGUGGCGACCCCCACGCUCGUGCGCUUUGCGCUGGAGGCGCGGCCGGGCGCGGAGAAGGGGUGGGUGGCGGUGGGGUGGAGCGAGACAGGCAAGAUGUUCCCCUCGGAUGUCAUCAUUGGCAACACGGCAGGCGGUGCCAUUAGCGCCUACACCAUCACAGGUCGCACCCUCGCUACAAUCUCGCCCACAUCCGCCUUCGCUAUUGGCGCCCCCACUAUAGUCACACUCGCGCCAUCGGCCAAUGGCGCGCCGGCAGGUGGCGGCAUUGGAGUGGCCGAAGCUCCAUUAGCCAGUGGGAGCACGAUUCUGCGCUUUGCCCGGACCACCAUUGAUGGGCUUGCGCCUGUAACGCUGUCGGGUGGUAACCGCAUCAUCUGGGCUUUCUCGGCUGAUGAGACACAGACUCUAGCCGGCCACGGCCCUCUUAACAGGGGCUCUGCCGUGAUCUAUUUCAACUGCUCCCCUGCCAACUCCCAUGGCUCCGCUCCUCUGCCGCCUGCUCUGGACGCCCCAGCAUCGUCCGCAGCACCGUCAGCGCCAGCAGUAGCAGCGCCACCGUCAGUGGCAGCACAACCGUCAAAACCUGCAGUGCCACUACCGUCAGCACCAGCACCGGCAGCAGCAAAACCAGGAAAACCGGCAAAAGUGUCAGCAGCAGCAGUGGCGGCUGCAGAAGCAGCAAUGGUGGGAUGCUCCCCCUCUCCCCUGGCGAAUUACACUUGCUCCUUGAAGCUCAGUGGCGACAACUUCAUCCUGCAUUGGAAGGCGCUCAGCAAGACAACUGUAGCCAUAGCAGCAGAGGCAGCAACGACGGGGUACCUCUCCCUGGGCUGGUCGCGGGAGGGUCGUAUGGCGCCCUCAGACGUGGCCAUUGGCAACCUGCCGUUCGGUGCCAUCGCCAACGGGGCUGCGGUGGGCGCGUUUUACAUCGGCGGGUAUGAGGAGAGCGAGGUGGUGCCUUCGGGGGAUUUCACGCUCGCGAAUACGUCGGUGGAAACCAGCGAUGGAAGAACCAUCAUGAAGUUUGAGCGCUCCACAACGGACGGCACGGCGCCAAUCAAUGCAGAGGGCAGCACCACAGUCAUCUGGUCCUUCUCUGAUCAGCCAUCUCUCAGCUUCCAUGGCUCCAACUGUGGUUCGGCCUCAGUUGCAUUCAUCAACGGCACGUCCGCCCCAGUGACCAGCAGCAACAGCAAUAAGAAGGCAGUGCUCUUGGCACACGGCAUCAUGCUUGCACUCGCCUACGCGCUGCUCAUGCCCCUGGGAGUGCUGCUCGCGCGCCUCUUCCUCUACGACCGCCCCACUCUGCCCUCGGAUGAAGACAAGGAGAUGCACACCAACAGGGGCCUCUGGUUCCUCUGCCAUAAGUACAUUCAAAUCUGUGCCGUAAUCCUGGUGCUAGUGGCGGCCAUAAUGGUGUUCAUAGUGUCAGGUUCCCAGGGCCUGGAGUGGACACAUGGCAAGCUGGGAGUGGUGGCGCUCGCCCUCACAUUCGUGCAGCCCUUCUUGGGCUUCUUCCGCCCCGACAAGGGCACGUCCAACCGCCCCGCGUGGCUGACGUUCCACUGGGCGAUGGGCAUCGCGGCGAUUGCCAUGGGCUGCGCCAAUGUGUUCCUUGGGAUUGACGUGUACGGGCAGCUCUAUGGCGGCAACCAGGAUUUCUCGGCCACUGCGUUCAAAUCACAAGUGGUUACCUCCGUGAGUAGGCAGCGGCUGAUUGGGUAG